GGCUCUGCAUGGAGUUUGGGCCCGGACGUCACACAGAGAUGACACAGGGAGCGAAAAUGGACCAGCAGCUACAGCAGCUCAGCAGACCCACAUGGAGCCGGCAGAUAGAGUUCACCCUGGCUGGCAUCGGCUGUGCCGUGGGUCUGGGGAACGUCUGGAGGUUCCCUUACCUGUGCUACAGGAGCGGAGGAGGGGCCUUCCUGCUGCCGUACCUGCUCAUGCUGCUGGUGUUGGGGAUCCCCCUGCUCUACAUGGAGCUGACCGUGGGCCAGUACACCCGGCGGGGUCCUGUCCACGCUCUGGCUAGUGUUUGCCCACUGUUAAAAGGGGUGGGCAUGGCGUCAGUGGCCAUCUCCUUCAUCAUGUGCACCUACUACAACAUCGUCAUCACCUGGGCCCUCUACUACCUCUUCAGCUCUUUCCAGGCCCCUCUUCCGUGGCAGAGCUGCAACAACACCUGGAACACACCCAACUGCACGGACCACGCCACCAACAGCAGCUACUCAUCCACGGCCAGCCAGGAGUUCUUCAGAUAUAAGAUGCUUGGCCAGACCAGUGGAGUAGAAGAGGCAGGGACGCUGCGAUGGGAGCUUUUCCUCAUUCUCAUCCUGGCCUGGAUACUUAUUUAUCUUUGUAUYUUUAAGGGGGUGAAAUCAACAGGCAAGGUGGUGUACUUCACUGCCCUGUUCCCGUAUGUCAUUCUGAUCGCCCUGCUGAUCAAUAACGUGCAGCUCCCUGGUGCUUCAGAUGGGAUCUCCUUCUUCAUUGUGCCAGAGUGGGACAAGCUGCUGUCAGUGGAGGUGUGGGUGAAUGCUGCAGCUCAAAUCUUCAACUCCAUUGGGAUCGGCUUCGGCUCCCUCCUGGCCAUGUCCAGCUACAACUCCUUCAACAACAAUGUUCUCAAGGACACGCUGUUCAUAUCCAUCACCAACUCUUUGACCAGCAUCCUGGCGGGCUUCGUCAUUUUCUCUGCCUUUGGAUACAUGUCAUAUCUGCAGGGCAUUCCUGUCAGCCAGCUGGCAGUGGACGGUCCAGGACUGGUUUUUGUGGUCUACCCGCAGGCCUUUGCCAGCAUGCCGGUGGCUCAGCUCUGGGCGGUCAUGUUUUUCUUCAUGCUGCUGUGCCUGGGGCUGGACAGUGAGUUUGCAAUGGUCGACGUGAUGGUGACCAGCCUCAUGGAUGAGUUCUACCACCGUCUGAUCAAAGUCUUCAAGCGGAAGGAGCUCUUUGUGCUUGCAGUCUGUGGCGUGGCCCUCCUGUUUGGAAUCCCUUUAGUCAUGCAGGUGGGGAUCUAUGUCUUCCAACUGAUGGACCACUACACCGCCAUCGUGUCCAUCAUGUUUCUGGCGUUCUUUGAGAUCAUUGCCAUCUGUUGGAGCUAUGGCGUGAAGCGACUCUCCAACAACUUAGAAGAGAUGACUGGAAGGAAACCGAACAUCUUCUUCAGGUUUUGCUGGUUGAUAGUGGAUCCUGUGCUGAUUACUGUCAUUCUGAUCUUCUCCAUCAUCCAGUUCAAACCCGCCCGCUACGAGAACUACGUCUUCCCUCCCUGGGCUCAGGGCGUGGGCUGGGUCAUCGCCCUCGCCUCCAUCAUCUGGAUUCCUUUAGCCGCUCUUCACACUUUGUGGGUCCUACCUGGCUCAUUCAUACAGAAACUGAAACUGUCCAUCACACCAUUCACCCUGGAUGAAAAAUCAAAGACUCCAUAUUAUGAGAGGGGAGGAACAGCUGGACAACCAGAUGUUGCCGUUAUCAGCCCCAAAACGAUCCUACCUGAAAAACCUCUGGAGACACACUUCUGACACAUCCAUGUUGUUUUUGCACAAAUACUUGGUGGUCUUCAGAUGAUCAAAAAACAACAUUAACCGUCAAUCUUACACUUCUGGUGUGAACAGGAGUAGGUUACAAAAAAUGAUUUACAUGAUUGUGAAAAUCUGUUGCUGCGUAUCUGCCAUGCAGAUAAAACCACUGCCUUUAUGAGUUUAAUGUUUAUUAUUGGUUGUGUGACUCUUUAGGAUCAAAUCAAAGAGAAGUCUGUACAUCUUUCACCGCCUUUAUUUAGACUUUACUUUGCAGAGAGCGCCACCCAAUGGUCAGCUCUGCUUCAAACAGGAGCAUGGGUCAUUUAACUGUAAGACAUGUAAGAUAUAAUAAAAACCAAGUGCACAAUUUCUGUGGGUGGGGUUUUUAUUUUGCCAUCAUGGUCCAAUCCCACACACAAAAAAAGUCUGGCACGAGUCAUGACAACUGUAUUCAUUUAUUCAUGAGUGAGAGUUUUCUGACAGAAGGGUACAUGCUGGAAGGCAUACAUGUGCAGUUUUAUUUUCCUUUACAGAAAUCCUCAAAACUGAAUCCAAAGUGCUGAAUAACAGGCAGAAAGGUGGACUGAACAAUCCAGUGUGCCUAAAAAA